UCAGCCCACCGAAUACGUCCAAGAUCCUUCUGCCCAACGGCGACGACGAAAAAGGCACUUGUCGCCUCCCACCUCGCCCCCAUCCGCUUGGACCUCUCCUCCUGUCGUCCAUGGCGUCCCUUUCCACUUUCACCUCUCAACACAUGACAUAGUACAGGACGACGGCACUGCUACCAAGCUUUCCGUUUUGGACCCCAGUGCCUGUCGUCGUUCUGCGGCUCUACCCGUGUGCUUUUUUCAAAAAUUUCUACUACUUGCCCCGUUGCCCGCGCAGAUAAUUGUCACCGCCGCCGCGCUAUACUAUAAACCUCAGCUCGCCGAUUUCUCAGUCAAACUCAAACACAGGUGAAAACAGCUUACAAACCAAAAUGCCUCAUUUCUACCAUUGCUCCUCCGUGCUACUGCUCCUCGCCGUCUUCGUCUACCUAUCGACACGCCAUGUGCACGGUGACUAUGUCAAUGGCGCCCACCAGGACCUCCGCGCGCUGCUCUCCUUCAAGGCGUACAACCCGAACGCCACGGCCCUGGCGUCGUGGGUCGGCCCCAACCCGUGCUCCGGCACGUGGUUCGGGGUCAGGUGCUACAGGGGCAGGGUGGCGGGGGUCUUCCUGGACGGCGCCUCGCUGUCCGGCGCCGUGGCGCCGCUCCUCGGGCUCGGCCGGAUCAGGGCGCUCGCCGUCAGGAACAACUCCCUGUCCGGCACCCUCCCGCCGCUGGACAACUCCACGGCGAGCCCCUGGCUGAGGCACCUGCUCCUCUCCCACAACAAGCUCAGCGGGAGCCUCCGCAUCUCGCUGGGUGCUCUGCUCACCCUUCGAGCAGAGCACAACGGCUUCCGUGGAGGGCUGGAAGCGCUGCGCGUCCCGAUGCUCAGGAGCUUCAACGUGUCCGGGAACAAGCUCGCCGGGGAGAUCCCCGGCGACCUGUCCAGGUUCCCGAGCUCCGCUUUCAGUGACAAUCUCGCUCUCUGUGGUCAGCCUCUGCCGAAAUGUGCCCAUGCUUACGAUGCUCUAGGAUCAGAUAGUUCUUCAAACGCGACCAUUAAUACUGUUGUAGCUCAAUCUCCGAACGCUAGUGUCAGUAGUGUUUCUUCUAGCAACGGAGGAUUCGGUAAGAUUAGCAUGACUGCGCUCAUGGCCACCAGCAUUGGCAACGCGGUGCUCAUCACGGUCUCGCUAGCCAUCUCCGUGGCCAUGUUCGUCUACGUGAGGAGAAAGCUCCGGUCCGCCAAGGAUGCUCCCGACGCGGCGCUGUGCUUCGAGGAGGAAGAAAAAAGGGACGACAGGUGCCACAAGACGUCCGGCGGGCUCGUCUGCUUCGACGGCGGCGACGAGCUGCGGCUGGAGAGCCUCCUCAAGGCGUCCGCGGAGGUGCUGGGCAAGGGCGUGUCCGGGAGCACGUACAAGGCGGUGCUAGAGGACGGCAUCGUGGUGGCCGUCAAGCGCCUCAGCGCGCUGCAGUUCCCAGCCAGUCGGAGCAAGGCGUUCGACCGCCACAUGCGGGUCGUCGGCCGGCUCCGGCACCGGCACGUCGUCAGCCUCAGGGCGUACUGCAACUCCAACGGGGAGCGCCUGCUCGUCUACGACUUCCUCCCGAACGGGAGCCUCCAAUCCCUUCUGCAAGCCACUGGAGGAGGCGCGAGGAAUCUGGACUGGGCGGCGAGGAAGAGCAUCCUGUUCGGCGCGGCGCAGGGCCUGAACUACAUCCACACGUUCCCGGCGCGGCCGGCGCUGGUGCACGCGAACGUGAAGCCGUCCAACAUCCUCGUGGACGAGCGCGGCGGCGCGUGCGUGUCCGAGUGCGGGCUCAUGCGCUACGCCACCAACAUCCAGCAGGCCAUCGCCCCGCAGCCGCAGGCCGCCCGGACGCGGUGCCCGCCCGAGCUGUUCCUGCCGGACCAGGCGACGAGCGGCGGGUGGCACGGGUACGCGGCCCCGGAGCUGGCCUCGGGCGCGGCAGCGCGGGCGACGCAGGAGUCAGACGUGUACAGCUUUGGGAUGGUGCUCCUGGAGGUGGUGACUGGCCACAAGGCCGCGGACGGCGGCGAGGGGAGCGACGAGACGAUGGGGAUGGUGAGGAUCGCCAUGCUGUGCACCGCCGAGGCGCCGGAGGAGCGGCCCACCAUGGCGCAGGUGCUCGCCAUGAUGAGCGAGUUCAUGUGAAGCGGGCCAAGCGGCUGCGCUUUUAGCCCAUAGCGUGUCAUUGUGUCAAGUUCACUGCUUCAGCCGUAUCCGUAUCAGGCUAUCAGCUUGUAGCGGAUUGCAUCCUUCGCCAGGGGCCCCUAGUCAGCAGUAAAUUGAGCCCAUAUAAAACUGGGCCUCUCACAGUCCAGAGUCUAGAACUGGGCCCCUAUUUUGCACGUUCUCUGUUGACAGUAGAAGUAAGCCCGAAGCUGUAGGCGUACGGCCGUCCGCCUGAAGAAAAAAAAAACGCUGGCCUUUUUGGCCAACAUGGUCCAGAUUAAGUAUUGCUCGACAUGCAAUUCCAUUAAAAAACUAAUAAUGCAGAAA